AAUUUCUGACAUCCUGGGCGUACCUACCUCUUUUUUCCAUGUGGAGUAAGGUGAGGGACGGGGUCACCGCUUCAUAAAUAUUCGGAGACUCUGGAUAGACCUCGGAGGAGUAAAAGGGCCUAUUGCCAGAGAAAGUUCUCACACAGGACAGGAGCGCCGAUUUUUCCUGCAGACGUAUACCAACACAAGCUCCUGACUUGACGCCGUGAAACCUGUGGCUGCUCUAUUUUUUAUGGAAAGUCUAUGAAUCCGUAUUGGCAGAUUUUUUUUGUCUUUUCCACAGAGAAUGCAAUGUAGUUCAUCCUCACAUCUCUAAGAGAGCUAUUUGCCAGGAUGACAGCGCUUUAUACUCCUCUGAACCGCGCACUUUUUGCACUUGCAUGGAGCAGUCUGAGUUUUUUUUGCUGCGCUCAGUGCGCUCUCACUGACAACCAUGUGCACUCUAGCUUUAUUUACAGGAGGUUGCGCAAUCACGAGCGCAGGGAGAUCCAGAGAGAGAUCCUUUCCAUCCUGGGCUUGCCUCACCGUCCGAGGCCCUUCUCUCCCGGAAAACAGGCGUCCUCCGCGCCGCUCUUCAUGCUCGACCUCUACAACGCCAUGGCCUUUGGGGAGGAGGAGGGGGUGGCGGUGUUGAAUCGUAGCGCAGGGAAGAGCUUCAGUGCCAAGGCUCAAGGGCACUCCAAGAAAAGUUACUACAGCCCGCACCAUGCCGGUUACUCCCGUGUGUCGCAGCCCUACAGAGCGGCCCCUCUGCUGGGGCACAGUCCUGCACUAACCACGGCGCACGACACCAAUUUCCUCAAUGAUGCUGAUAUGGUUAUGAGCUUUGUCAAUUUAGUGGAGAAAGAUAAAGAUUUUUCUCACCAAAGAAGACACUACAAGGAGUUCCGUUUUGACCUGACUCAGAUCCCAGAUGGAGAGGCGGUGACCGCAGCAGAAUUUAGGAUUUAUAAGGACCGCAGUCAUGCUCGCUACAACAAUAUCACCCUGAAGGUUUCCAUAUAUCAAGUCAUCAAAGAAUAUCAAAACAAAGAUGCAGAGACAUUCUUGCUUGACUCCAAAAAGGUGCAGGCAUCUAAUGGGGGCUGGCUUGUCUUUGAUAUAACAGCCACCAGUAACCAUUGGGUGAUGAACCCGCAACAAAAUUUUGGUCUUCAGCUUUGUGUGGAAACCAUGGAUGGACGGAGUAUCAACAUAAAAUCUGCUGGAAUCGUCGGGAGGAACGGGCCGCAAUCCAAACAGCCAUUCGUCGUUGCUUUCUUUAAGGCCAGUGGGGUACUGCUCCGCUCAGUGAGAGCUGCUGGUGGGAAGAAAAAGAACCACAAUCGCAAUAAAUCUACUAAUCAACAAGAAUCAUCAAGGAUGCCAAAACCUGGAGAUUAUAACACCAGCGAACAGAAACAAGCCUGCAAAAAGCAUGAGCUUUAUGUCAGCUUUCGAGACUUGGGUUGGCAGGAUUGGAUCAUUGCACCGGAGGGCUAUGCUGCUUUUUAUUGUGACGGAGAAUGCUCUUUUCCACUCAAUGCUCAAAUGAAUGCAACAAAUCAUGCUAUUGUUCAAACCCUGGUUCAUUUAAUGUUUCCUGACAACGUGCCAAAGCCGUGCUGCGCCCCGACCAAGCUCAACGCAAUAUCAGUGCUUUACUUUGAUGACAGUUCCAAUGUUAUUCUGAAAAAAUACAGAAAUAUGGUUGUUAGAUCUUGUGGGUGCCAUUAGUUUUGAGGCAGUUUAAUAUAUGGAGCCUGAAAUGGAAACUGCUGGAAAACACAUCUGCUGCAGGUGUGAUUUGAUGUACAGUAUUAUGUAUAUAAAGCUUUAUUGAUUAAUUUAUUUCCCUUUAAAAGAAUAGCACUGAAUACUGUAAUAUUUAAGUGAUUAGUACAAAAUGUUGAUUUGAUUUUACCUGCAUUAUCAUUUCACUUGUGUGUCCGCUGGCAUAUACUUCUAUCUUUAUUUCUUCUAUGCUCAAACACUUCACUGGAGUCAUAAUGACAAUGUUGCCUUGUUCUUUUCAAGAAAGUGUGCUGUAAAUAUUUAAUGAGAGAAUUUACUUUUGUGAUAAAUUGUGUGUGAGAUGGAUCAGUAAUACAUUCGUAAAACAUACAAAAUGGUGUUGCUGAUAUAAAUUUCAUUAACAAGGGUUUGAGCUCAGUCUGAUCUUUUUUGCAUAAAUAUCACAAGCUGAACGCUAUAAAUAAAACUGGGUCAAAAUGUUCAUCAUUAUUUUAAAGCAAACUGCUCAAACCUAUUUUCAAGCAGUUUGUUAUAGAAAUGUUAUAGAAAUGUAGAAAAGUAUUUUAACAAAUGUGCAUCAUAAAGAGAUUGGUUGCCUUUCAUUGAGAAACACACAUUUUAUAUUCUAUUUUAACCUAUUUCUGUUUAUGUAACCCUCCCCAUCUAAACACUGUCAUUUUUCUGUGAACGUCUUCAUAGCUACCACCAUCUUAACUCCACACUAAUUCUAGCUUGUGUUUAGGUAGAAUAACUUAAUGAUAGAAUUUUCUGUAUUUUUAAUAAAUUUUCCACUGGAAACAUU